UCAAAAGACCAAAAGUGAAAAAAACUGCUGUGCUUGCAUGAGCUGGUUGAGUCUGCCAACUGCACUUUUGCUGAAAUCUUGUGUUUUCUUUGGUCUUCUUGCUUGAAGUAUUAGUUUCUCUUUCUCAUUUUCUCAAACGUAACAUUGUUCAACAUGGUCAACGUCGGAAUUAACGGAUUUGGCCGCAUUGGUCGCCUGGUGCUGCGCGCUGCCCUGGCCAACCCCAAAGUGACUGUCGUAGCCGUCAAUGAUCCUUUCAUCGACUUGGACUACAUGGUGUACAUGUUCAAGUAUGACUCCACUCAUGGUCGAUUCGAAGGGGAUGUCUCUGCCGAGGAUGGAAAGCUGGUUGUUAAUGGACAGGCCAUCACCGUCUUUGCUCUGCGUGACCCCAAGGAGAUUGGCUGGUCCGCAGCUGGUGCAGAGUACGUUGUUGAGUCCACUGGCGUGUUCACCACCAUCGACAAGGCAUCUGCUCACUUGAACGGUGGAGCCAAGAAGGUCAUCAUCUCCGCUCCCUCUGCUGACGCACCCAUGUUCGUUAUGGGAGUCAACCAUAAGGAGUACAGCACCGACAUGAACAUUGUCAGUAAUGCUUCCUGCACCACCAACUGCUUGGCUCCUCUUGCCCACGUCAUCAACAACUCUUUUGGCAUUGAGGAGGGUCUUAUGACCACUGUACAUGCCACCACAGCUACACAGAAGACUGUUGAUGGUCCCUCUGGCAAGAAAUGGCGUGAUGGACGUGGUGCUGGCCAGAACAUCAUCCCAGCCUCCACUGGCGCUGCCAAGGCUGUAGGCAAGGUUAUCCCCGCACUCAAUGGCAAACUGACUGGCAUGGCUUUCCGUGUGCCAACCCCCGAUGUGUCAGUUGUGGACUUGACUGUGCGCCUGCAGAAGCCUUGCUCAUAUGAUGACAUCAAGAAGACCAUGAAGGAUGCUGCUGCUGGUGACUUGAAGGGAGUCCUGGACUACACUGAAGACCAGGUUGUGUCCACUGACUUUGUGCAUGAUGCCCAUAGCUGCAUCUUUGAUGCUUCUGCUGGUAUUCAGCUGAACGAGACCUUCGUCAAGCUUGUUGCCUGGUAUGACAACGAGUGGGGCUACAGCAACCGUGUUGUCGACCUGAUGGCCUACAUGGCAACCUGCUAAAUGACGGCAGUCCUCGGAUAGAGAUGGCUCUUCAGCUGGCACUGAAUGGCGGCUGUGUUCUACAGAUGUAAGCUGCUGCUGUGUAUUCUGCACCACUGUGGUGAUAUUCCCCGUAUCAAGCUAGUAACAGCUGAUCACCUCAACAUUUGAAUGUGAUUGUAGUUGCUAUCUCUUUCUUAUUUUUCCAAGCCUUCAAUACAACUUUCAGCCCUUAUUUCAGUGCUGUUUAUCCCCUUGUAGGUAGGCAUUUUCACUGUGUUGGUAACCAAGUCCUUUAUUGUUUUAGCAAUUUUAUUCCUUUCUAGCAAUAGCAUGUGUGUGUGAGUUA